AUGCAGAAUAACCCGGUUCGUCUGCUGUAUUAUUUCCUUGGAAUCGGGACGAAUUUCCAGUAUUGUCCGAAGGUUUCCAAUACUUUUGAUCCUGUUUAUGACUACAUUAUUGUGGGUGCUGGAUCAGCAGGAGCAGUUGUUGCAUCCCGCCUGUCAGAAGAUCCCUGUGUGACGGUCCUGCUUUUGGAAGCUGGAGGCACCACGGAUCCGAUCAGCGAAGUCCCUGCUGCUGCAUUCCUCUUGCAAUUGACGGAUAUGGACUGGCAGUACAAGACGGUGCCCCAGAAAAAAGGGGCGCUCGGCUACGACAAUCAUCAACUACCAUGGCCUCGAGGAAAAGGAAUUGGCGGCACCAGUCUUCUGAAUUUCUUCAUGUACGUCAGGGGUAACAGGAGAGACUAUGACAGAUGGGCAAAAAAUGGCGCCAGAGGUUGGGCCUGGAAAGAUGUUCUACCUUACUUUCUGAAAUCUGAAGAUAACACUGAUCCGGAACUCAUGAAUAAUAUCUUCCAUCACAAGGGAGGAUAUCUCACUGUUCAAAGCGCCCAGUACAACAGUACUUUGAUGCAUGCUUUCGCUAAAGCCGCUGCCGAAAGAGGGUAUGAAUACAGGGACAUCAAUGGAAAUAGACAAACAGGAUUUUCUCGUAUUCAAGGCACACUAAGAAAUGGACGGAGAUGCAGUACUGCCAAGGCUUUCUUGAUACCUGCUCAAAAUCGAAAGAAUUUACACAUCGUUAACAACGCACUCGUUACAAAGGUUCUAAUCAACACAAAGAAGGACGCUUAUGGAGUCAGAUUUGAAAUUAAUGGACAGAAAUAUGAUGUUAGAGUGAGAAAAGAAGUUAUCGUGUCUGGCGGUACAAUUAACUCUCCUCAGCUACUGAUGUUGUCCGGCAUUGGUCCACGAAAGCAUUUAGAAGAACUAAAUAUACCUGUCAUUGCUGACUUGCCUGUUGGUGAUAAUUUACAAGAUCAUGUUGGUACGACCUCUCUGAACUUCGAAGCUACAAAAGCCGAGCCUUUGCUAUUAGGACAAAUAACUAAUCCUCUCAAUCUUGAAAAAUUUAAGCAAGAAGGAAAAGGUCCUCUGACCAGCUUUUCAGGGAUUGAAGGCAUGGCCUACGUCAACACAAAAUUCAACAAUGCUGACUUGGACUGGCCGGAUGUUGAGAUUCACAUGGCUUCAGGUUCUCCUGCUAGUGAUUAUGGCCAGAUCUUGAAGAGGACUGUUGGAAUGACAGAUGAGGUUUACCGAGAAGUGUAUGCUCCAUACACGGGAAAGAAUACCUUCACAUUUUUCCCAUGCAAUCUUCGACCCAAGAGCAGAGGCACGAUUCGACUGAAAUCCACUGAUCCCCAUGAGCAUCCUUUGAUUGACCCCAACCUCUUCGAAUACAGAGAAGACUUAGACUUGCUUGUAGAAGUUAUGAAAGAAUGCGUCGACAUUGUCAACAACACUAAUGCGUUCAAAGAGAUCGGAGCUAAAAUGUUCGAAACCAAGUUUCCAGGCUGUGACAACUUGACUUUGUAUUCUGAGGAGUAUUUAAGAUGCGUUGCUCUGCGACACACGUUCACCCUUUAUCAUCCUGUUGGUACUUGCAAGAUGGGGGAUCCAAGGGACAGAACCACCGUGUUGGACUCGCAUCUAAGGGUUAAAGGAAUAAAGAACCUUCGAGUCGUGGAUGGCUCAGUGAUGCCAACAAUUGUUUCUGGAAAUACAAAUGCACCUAUCAUUAUGAUCGCCGAAAAAGCGUCUGACAUGAUCAAAAAAGAUAAUCGACACCGGACGAAAUGCAGCCGCCGAUAG